UGUGUUGUUUGCGCACACUUGAGUAACUGGAAUGCGAUCUCAGCUCUUUGAUGACCAUCAAGAGUUUAAUAAGUACAUGCACGAUGUCUCCUUCUGUAAUAUUUGCUUAUAAAACUUCUAAUUUUAUAAAAGGAACUUUAUUUAAUUUCAGAAUAUGUGAAGUAUUUGUAGAUUUAAGGAAGUUUGUUCAGGAAAGAGGUUUGGUUAGGAAACGAGAUGCUUAAUAUAUGUUAAAUUUUACGCGAAUGCAUAGUUUUUGUGUAAUAAAUCCAUGAAGAAUCAAUGAUUUACUCUCGAGAAAUAAUCAUUAGCGACAGCCCAUUUUCUCCGCCUUAGUUAAAUGAUUUCCUUGAACGAUUCAGGAAAAACCAUAAAUGACAGAGGAAGACACAUGUACUUCAAAUUAUCCCUGUAAAAAGUUGUCAGAAAAUAAGAUCAAUCUUUCUUUGCAGAAAUACGAGUCUUUCAGCAGGAGGAAUUUCAUAAAGACAUCAUUCACACCUCUUGUUCAUCAAUAUGUCAUUCACAGCUCAUAUCAAAGAAGCACUUGAUUCUGGAGAUCCGUUGGUUCGAAAGUGGUUUAUGGUGGAAAACAAUUACUUGCCUUUCGUAUUAUGUGCAUUAUACGUAUUUUUUGUGAAAAGGUUGGGACCUGAUUUAAUGAAGAAUAGAAAACCGUUUGAUCUUCGCUCUGUCAUGAUUGUGUACAACUUUUCUAUCGUAUGUGUGUAUAUUUAUUGUCUUUAUGGGUUAAUACAUGUUCUAACCACAACUGACGCUAUAAAAUAUGUUUGUUCUCCAUUUGACCUUAAAAACAAUCCUGACCAUUUUACAUAUAAGGCCGCAACCCUUUGCUGGAUCAUUUGUAUCGUAAAAUACGCAGAAUUUGCUGACACGGUAUUUUUUGUUUUGAGAAAGAAGAAUAACCUGAUUACUAAUCUACAUGUCAUUCAUCAUGCAUCUUUACCUAUUAUAGGCUGGAUCUUUCUAAGAACUGAAAGAAAUGCAUUCCAAGUAGUUCCUGGGGUAAUAAACAGCUUUGUACAUGUUAUUAUGUACACAUAUUAUGGCCUAGCAGCAAUAGGUCCCGAAGUCCAAAAACACUUGUGGUGGAAAAAGCAUCUUACUAAACUUCAGAUGGUAAGUUUUCUCCCUUCAAAAUACUGUAACCUUCAGCACACUUUUGUGUUUUAAAAA